CGUUAGUUUUUUUCUGCCUUUGGUGUAAUUAUUUCAUCGGUUUUAAUCAAUUUACCCUUUUGGAAGGUGUUAACGGCAAAGUUUCAAUUUAUCAACUAAUUUAUACAAAUAUCAAAAGUUAAAAUCUAUGUUCACCAUGAGCUCUACAAUGGUAGUGACAAGAACAACAAGAACAAAAAUAUCAACAUUAUUUGAAAGAAUUACUUGUAAUCAAAAUAAUAAUUGUAACCUUUUUUGGUUAAUCUUCUUGGUGUGAAUGAUACUUCUCAUCAGUGAACAACAACCUACAGAUUUUAGGUUAUUUUCCACCAUCUUUUUAUUCAUCUUAUUCCCUUUUCCCAAUUUCCUUUUCUACGCUUUUUUAAUAUUGACCUAAAAUGAUCACAAGGAAUUUUCUUCAUUAUUGUGAACCAUUUUGGAUUAUAUUGUUUUCUUUUAUUCUUGUUAACCAUCAUGCUGUUUAUAUAUGGGCUCAAAGUUUAACUGCGCCACCACCUAAUCCACCAAGAGAUUUACAAAUAGAAGUAGUUUCGGGUAAAAUUGUUCAUCUUGAUUGGAGUCCACCAACUUCCGGAUCAAUCACUGGCUAUGGACUUACAAUUGUACCUCUUUCAGAACAAGAUGAAACGGGUAUUCGUAAUCUUCAAGUAGCUAUAACAGAUGAUCUACCCUUAACUUUACGUGAUUUAACUCCAGGAGGAACUUAUGAGAUUCAAUUACAAUCAGUAAGUGUCACUCUCAAUGACUCAAUACCCAAAUCAGUGCCUAAAGAUGCACCAAGAAUGGUUACUUUUAAUGAAAACCUGGAACCAGGUAAAACUUAUGAAGUGGUUGUGAAAACAGUUUCCGAUAAUGUGGCCAGUUGGCCGGUAACAGUUACUAGAUACUUUUGA